CUGUAGUGUCAUGUGAAUAGCUGCUUCAGGGCACUUCCUCUUUCUGGGGCUGCAUGUCAGGACUGUAUUUGCUGUGCAGAGCAAGAAGCAUCUAUAGGUUAACCACUGCAGACCCUUGGACUGGGUGCAGCAUUCACCCACAAUGGCACACACAUAUAUGUGUUUUCUCUUGGCAUGUGUUGCUGUAGUGCCACUGGUGACAGCCUCAGGAAUAUUAGUCAACCGACUACAAUGGAGGAUCACAUCAAUUAAUGGUUUCUCAUGGGCCAAUUGUGACGCUGAGACUCUACCUGGUAAAAUAAAAACUCUUACUAUUCUACCUGACCCUUUAAUUAUCCCUGGAGAAAUUACGGUGUCUACCAUCCUGAAUACAACUGUACCACUGACCGCUCCAGUCAAGAUACAAGUUACAGCAGAGAAAGAAGUGAUGGGCGAGUGGUUGAAGAUUCCCUGCUUGGAGAAUUUUGGAAGCUGCACCUAUGAUGAUUUUUGUGACCUUCUGGAUCAGUUAAUUCAGCCAGGGCAGCCAUGUCCAGAACCUCUGCACACUUACGGACUACCGUGUCACUGUCCCUUUCACGAUGGUUUCUACUAUCUCCCUGUCACCAGCUUUGAAAUUCCAAGUCUGUCUAUUCCAUCUUGGUUCACCAAAGGCAAUUACCGCAUAAAAAUUGUCAUCAGCCACGAAGACCAGGAGAUUGGUUGCGCCAAACUCACUCUCUCUCUAUCAGGUUCUUAUCUCUAAAGAAAACAAGGGACCACAAAAGUGACAACGAAUAUGGCUUCCAUGAUAAGUUGACAUAAGCACAAUGUUAUACUGUAAAUGAUAAAUGGAAUGCACUGAGGCCUUUAAAACUUUACUUUACUUUUACAUAUUAUUACUUUUUUCUAACAGUACCAAGGUAAAAGUUUAUUAACCUGGUGUUUUAACAUUUUUAAUGUGUACAUGUAUAUAGUAGGGACACAAUGCUUCUAUGGGAAAAAUCUGUAAAAUAGAAGAUUAAUUUUAGAGCACUAAAUAGAGUAUUAGUGAUAUAGGGUUACACUGAAAUGUGAAUGCAUUAGAAAUCCAGUCACAAUUAAAAUAUGACAAGUGUUUAUAGCCGUUGAGAUGCCCUCUUCUGUCAUUAUCUAGUUAUAUCUGCUUCCAAGAAAGGUUGGUUGGCUUCCACAGAGACUAUCAUUUAUUACCUGGGGAAUGCACAGAACACACACAUGGUUACCUCCUUUUCAUCUUUUGAGUCAUGGAUCCACUGAUUCCCCCCUUCUACCACCAAAGAUGGCCACGCUUCUGAUACACACUGCGCAUAGACAGUCCAAGGCACUUCCUGUUUGUCCAGCUCUGGUCUUGGCCAUCCGAUGUUGCUUAUGUGAGUAUCGCUUCUCAAUCUGAGAAUAGCAGGAAGUGUCUUGAACUGAGAUGCCCAGUGUGCAUCAGGUAGUCUUUGAAGCGGUGCGGC